AUGUUGACUGCACCAGAUCCCGGAAAGGAGCUGUUUAUGUACCUCUCGGUAUCCGACCAUGCCGUAAGUGCCGUGCUUUUGAGAAAUCGGGGAAUACAACAACCCGUGUAUUAUAUUAGCAAGACCCUAGUCGACGCCGAGACCAGGUAUUUGCCUUUAGAGAAAUUGGUGAUAGCCCUAGUGCAUGCUACCAGGAAAUUGCCUCAGUACUUUCAGACUCAUACCAUAUAUGUGUUGACCGAAUACCCCCUACAGUUAUUAUUGAAAAGAUCUUAUUUCACGAGGCAAAUAGCUAAAUGGGGAACACGGCUCGAGGCAUUUGAUGUAAGGUAUAAGCCGAGAAGUUCAGUAAAGGGGCAGGUAUUAGCCGAUUUUGUGGUGGAAUUCUCUCCUAAAGGGGAAAUGGUUUGUCAAUUGGAACAUCGCCCAUGGAAGGUGCAUGUGGACGGGGCUUCCAAUGCCAACGGGUCCAGAGCCAGGAUAGUCAUAAUUACCUCGGAAGGUAUUCUCUUAGAACAUUCAUUUAGAUUGGGGUUUAACGCCUCUAACAACGAGGCGGAGUAUGAAGCUUUGCUUGCUGGAUUGAGGGCAGUCUCAAGGUUAGAAGCCCGGGAUGUAGAGGUUUAUUCGGAUUCACGGCUCAUAGUCAACCAGGUAAUUCAAGUGGCCCGAGCACAAAACAGACAUGUCGACUCUCUCGCCACCCUGGCAUCUUCAAUUGCCAAGGAUAUUCCUCGACUAAUCAGAGUGGAACUCGUCCCCGAGCCAAGCAUUAAGGUGGCAGAAGGUGAAGGGGUUGCGAGGAUCGAAGUCACAACAGUCGCAACACUUGGACUGAGCUGGAUGGAUCCAAUCAUUGAUUUCUUAGCUGACGACCGAAUCCCGGACGACGAGAAGGAAGCCAACAAGGUCCGUAGGGUAGCUACCCGAUAUUGGUUGUCUAGAGACUGGAAGCUCUAUCAUAGGUCAUUCAGGGGACCGUAUCUUUUGUGCUUACACCCAGAGAAAGUAGGCCAACUCCUGGUCGAACUGCAUGAAGGGGUAUGCAGCAGUCAUGUAGAGGGGGCGGUCGUUGGCACACCGAGCAAUGACUCAGGGAUUCUGGUGGCCCCAAAUGCAGAAGGAUGCCGCGGAAUAUCCGUUGAUUACUUCACCGAAUGGGCAGAGGCAGAGGCUCUGGCCAAUAUCCGGGACGUAGAUGUGAAGAAAUUUAUAUGGAAGAAUAUAAUCACCAAGUUCGGGGUUCCAGACUCCCUUAUAUCGGAUAACAGGCUGCAGUUUGACAGCCGAGCUUUCCGCGAAUUUUGCAACAACCUCAGUAUCAGGAACAGGUAUUCUACUCCAGUGUAUCCCCAGGGCAACGGCCAGGCUAAGGCCGUGAACAAGGUAAUCGUGAACGGCCUGAAGAGAAGGUUGGAAGGAGUGAAGGGCAACUGGGCCGAGGAACUACCAAAUGUUUUGUGGGCAUACCGAACAACUCCUCGGAGGUCCAUAGGUGAGACCCCAUUCUCUCUCACGUACGGGGCUGAAGCCGUGAUACCAGCCGAGGUCAAUUUAUGUAGUGUGCGAGUCUCAGGAUUCAAUGCGUCCCAAAAUGACGGUUAG